AUGGACAAUAAAUCUGGAGAAAAAAAGAUCAAAGACGAGAAACUCUACAAUCCGUGUGAGAUAGUGGUGGACCACGAGGAAAUCGUUGGGAACGAAGAGCUGGUAUACGUUCCGCCUGUCUACGAGCCAUGGGAGCUGGUGGAUCACGAAGAAAUUGUUGUUGCAUGGGACAACGAAGGAGACGACGAAGAGAACGAGGAAGCCUCCGACACGGAUAUUGAUUCGGAUGGAAAUGACAACAACGCCGAUUACGGCUCUGACGACACUGAGACCGAUUUUAUCGAAGAGGAGAUGGACGAGGAUGUUGGCAAUCUGGAGACACUGGAGUAUUAG